CAUCGUCUCUUGUUGUCAUCCAAAGAAGCGGAGAACUAAAGCAAUGGCUUCCUAUCUCUGUUCCUCUAAACCUGUACUUCUAUUCUCAGCUCUCGUUCUAGGGGCUCUCUCCACCUUCUUGGAGGCACAAGAUCCUUCCCAACUGAGCUUGGAUUACUACUUGAAGACAUGCCCGAAAGCGGAGCAGAUCGUGCGAGAAGAGAUGGAGCGUGCGGUGCAAGCUGACCCCCGUAAUGCCGCUCGCAUCCUCCGUCUCCACUUCCAUGAUUGUUUUGUUCAGGGCUGCGAUGGAUCGGUGUUGCUGGACGACACGGUCACACUGAUAGGGGAGAAGCAAGCAGAGCAGAAUGUCAACUCUCUGAAAGGUUUUGACAUCGUGGACAGGACGAAGACCAAACUGGAGGCUGAGUGCCCCGGCAUCGUCUCCUGUGCUGAUCUGCUGGCCAUAUCAGCCAGAGAUGGUGUUGUUCUGGUCGGAGGGCCCUAUUGGGAUGUACCGGUAGGCAGGAAGGAUUCGAAGACAGCUAGCCUGGAUCAAGCGAACACAGACAUUCCAACUCCGCAGCAGGGCCUGGUCACACUUAUCUCCAAGUUCCUGGCGAAAGGCCUCUCAGCAACAGACAUGGUGGCCCUUGUAGGUGCCCACACCAUCGGCGUGUCUCGCUGUACGAACUUCCGGGACAGAAUCUAUGGAGACUUCGAGCUGACAGCAAAGCAUGAAGCAUCCUCCCUGCCAUACCUCAGCAAGUUGAAGGAGGAUUGCCCCUUGGAUGGAGGAGACGAUAACAUUUCUCCCAUGGAUGACUUCACUCCCACCCUCUUCGACAACGCCUUCUUCAAGACCCUCCUCAAAGGAACUGGCCUUCUAAACUCCGAUCAGGAGAUGUAUUCGAGCCUCGUCGGAUUCCAAACCUCCAGCCUUGUCGAGAAAUACUGGGCUGACCCUGUCGCCUUCUUCAAGCAAUUCUCUGAUUCUAUGGUGAAGAUGGGGAACAUCACCAACCCUGAGGGUGGAGAAGUGAGGAAGAACUGCAGAUUUGUGAACACCUGAGACCUUUGAGCUUUUGUCUACUAAUGCUGUACUGCUCGUUUGUUUUCCUAUACGUUAACUAAGAAGUUUACGUAACAAGAUUUGUAUGACGAAAACCUGAAACCUGCUCGGAUUGAAAUGUA